AUGAUGGCUCGUGAACGGGAAGAAGAAAUAGCAUUCCGAAAAGCGAUGUUGACUUGGAUGAAACAACAGGAUCCUGAGUUUUUCUCUGAUAUUAGCAGUUUUCCAGAUUCGAUCGUGACGUUACUAGAACCGGUGGUUGAUGAUGCUCCUGGGGAUACGUCUUUUGGAAUUUCAGAUUCCUCAUGUACUUCUCCGGUCACCCAUGUUCCUAUGAGUGAGGGUUUUGUGUGUUUCUCCGGUGGCAAUUCCACUCCGAAUACAUCAGAAGAAGAGGUGGAGAGUUUUCCAUGGGUAGUGAAGAAUAAGAAAUUAGCAGAGUUCAAUGGUUAUGAUAUUUCUCUAGUCACUCCUGAACCGGUGAUCGAGUGUUCCGAGUGUUUAUCGGAUGAUAAUUCCAUCCCGAAAUCAUCAGAGCUAGUGGAGAGCUUGCCAGAAACAUUGGAAAGGGAUUCCAAAACACCACCGCCGUUUCUGAUACCACCAUCACCACCGCCAUCUCCACCUCCAUGGUUCGAGACUAGUGUCAAGGGUGCAGGUCGGAAACAGGAAAAACCAAACAAGUUUUUGAGCUUAAUCCUCCGUGACAGGGAGAAUUCCGAUGGGGAAGUUCCGGGAGCAGAAAAAUCGGUGAUAGAAGAGCAGCGUGCAACGGAUUUCCAUGUCGAGAGGCUGACAGAGCAUCAACGGAGCACAUGGGAGAAAGCGGCUCCGUUUAACAACCGUUUAGAAUGGGGUUAUCUAGGUUACCCUUCCAAUGGGCUUAAAAAUGACAAUUGGGCUGAAAUUGAUUCAUGGGGCUCACAAUUGUUGAAUGGAAAGAUAGACUUGGUUUUAAUGAGCAAACAAAAUAUAAGCCCACUAGUUAAUUGGAAUGAAAAUAACGACGUUUAUCAUAAUCAACUGCCAUCACCGUCCCCAACGCCGGCAAUGGCUUACGUGUUUCAACGGGAUCGGAGAGUUAGAUCGUCGAGUCGUACGGAAUGGAAGGAACAAAAGAAGAAGGGUCUAAGUUUAAAUGGUGGUUCUCAAGUCGGCUUGUCUCACAAAUGUCAUAAAUGCAAAGAAGACUGCAAUCAUUAUUCGUGGGAUGCUAAUCAGGUACUAAUUGAUCAAUUGUCAAAGAAGGCUUCUAUUGGAUCGUGUCAAAUUUUGGAGUUCGUUGGAGUUGUGGCUAAUUCUCAAUCAAUAGACAUGAUUUCAAUAAUGGAAUUGUUGCUUUCUUUAAGUGAGAUGACAUACAAUUGGGACAAGGCAUGGAUGAAAUUUAUGUAUAACGGUAUAGCGUUUCAUUUUCAAAGGUUAAUCACGGGCCAGCAGGUUCAAGCAUCGUUGCAACAAUGGUUGGGCACACUUCAAGGUGGGGUACGGUUCCAAGAAAUGAUGAAAGAAGGGCAAGAAUGGGAUGAUUUUUUGAAGAAGUCCAACGUGCAUUCUGGUUUAAGUUUCUUUUUACCUCCUGAUAUGAAAACUGGUUUAAGUUUUGUUUUCUUGGUUACUUGUGCGUUUGAGAAUCGAUUGGACCAAAUACACAAUUGGUUAAUCCAGUGGAAGGGUCGACCGGAUGGAGAAGCUACAAGAAAGGUUGUGUUGAAUAUCAUGAGUCAAUUUAAAGAAGCAAGUCUUGAGGACAAGACUUGUUUUGAAGGCGUGAGUAAUGAUACAGAUCCUAAUAUGGUAGUUAAAAGGGAAAAAUGA